UGUAGUGGGAGUGUUGUGUAAUUGCGGUGCUAGUGGCAGCAGGUUCUCCUGCGAUCGCAGGCAGGCUGCCCAGGCGAGAGCCCUCCUCUGCUAGCAAGGCUGCGCCGAGCUUUUCGCCGCCGCACUUUUGAACUAGCCCAUGCCUAAGGAAACUGGCUAAGGAGGCUAGGGGAAAGACGAAAAGAGGAAAGGCAGCGGCACCUCCAAUCCUCUCUACACCACCACAGUCAAUAGCCUCGAGAGUUUGAUGAGGAGCUAUGUGUGUAUCUAUGUAUGCGCAAAGCAGCGGCAUCGUAGUGGUAUCAUCUCCCUCACACCUGCUCGCUCGUGACAUCUACUGGUAGCGAGCUAGCCCUUCACCUAUCUGCUGCCAUCCCUGUUCCUAUUCUACGAGAGGGGGGCUGCUGCCGAGGUGGUGGUGUUGCCUUUGAAUGGACACAUCCCUCCCUGCCUGCUGACACUCCAUGUUCGCAGCAGCUCCAAGUUCCAACCAACCGCUUCCGCCACCAUUCAUAGCAGCCAGCCCCACGGGUUACUGCUUUUUCCAAGGCGGUUGCACCUGCACGCUCCGCUCUUUGCAUCUUUCCGCGACGCUUCUGGGUCAAGCCUCCACCUAAUAUGCUCUAGUUCUAGUUCGGAAUAGCCUGGCACGCAACCUGGUGAACAAAGAGAAGCAGGAAGAGGAGGAAUUCGUCGAUGCUGGAGUUAUAGCUUUACCCCGGGUGGUGUGUUCCUCGAUUGUGGGAGUAGUGACUAGUAGGUACUGGAUUGCACAGCAGUCCACGAACGACUUUUGAUUUUCUUUUUUUUCCCGCAUUUCUUCUAAUACAAAUUUGGGUUUUCGUUUGUUUCUCGCUGCUCGAUUCUCGCCUGAUUCGGGCGAAGCGAUUGCUGUAGAUUUGCGGCGAGGAAGGCUAGGCCUAGUGGCGGAGAGAGAGGGAUUGUGAUUUUUGAUUCCCCGUUGUCUGCGUCCGGGUUGUAGAAGUGGCCCAAGAGGUGGGGCCCGAGUGAAUCAGUGUGAGCGCAGGUGAGUGUGGGUGUCUGUUCGCGGUAUCGAGGACUGGUUGGGGGUGAGUGGUGUGAAUUGCGAAUUGGGGCAGUGGAAGAAGAAGAUAGGUGAUGUGUGAUAGUGUUGGGGAGUGAAGGUGGAGAGAUUCGGAGCUGUCACAGUGGCAAGUGUGGCGCCGGCGGUGACAACGGGAGGGGGUGGAGGAGAAGGGGGUGUCACCACAGGAGGCAGGGUGGAGGGAGGGCCGCUCAAAGACGGGGAUCUUUCACUGGGCUUCGGCUACGCGCCCCGGGUGCCUGCCAGUCUGAGCGACGCUGUGCCCCCGGGUUCUCAUGCAGGGCUGUGGGGGCGGCCUUCCGUAGCUUACAGCUUCCGCGAUGCCGGUGCAGCCCUCGGCGUGGGUUUAGCAGGCACCCAACGCGAAAUUUUCCGCGACAUCCUCUCUCGCGGGGAAGAGUUCGGCUCUCCGUAUGCAGAAGUUUUGAAGCAGGAUAGUGAGCGCGAACGCGCUGUUCAGCAACAACACCACCAUCAACAGCAGCAGCAACAUCAUCGUCAACAGCAGGUUUUGCACGGCGUCCAGAGACAAGUUAAUAUCGUAGGAGAAGGACCGAAUUAUGGAGAUGCUGGGCGAGGAGAAGGCGAGAGUAGCAGUAGUGGCAGCGUGGACAAAGGUGGACACCAGGGCGGUCAAGCAGGAAUGGAACCAUGGGGGGCUCGCACUUUAAGGGACGACGUGGUGCGGGUAAUGGACGUGCAGCCGCUUAACGAACAACCACCAUCCCGUCAAGCUUCACAACACAAUCCCCAGACUGCACAACCUAAUGUUGACGCCGCCUCGCAAGUGCAUCAGCUCCAACUAGAUGCGGCAAAGCACAAGCUUCCGCAAGUAUCACAAGUGAUGGGCCACGGCUCAACGGCUUGUCAAGAAUGUGGAAAUCAAGCCAAGAAAGAUUGCUCUUUCCAGAGGUGUCGAACGUGUUGCAAGAGCAGAGACUUCGAUUGUGCAACCCACGUCAAGAGCACUUGGGUUCCAGCCUCUAAGAGGCGUGAGCGUCAAGCCGCGGAGGCAGCAGCAGCAGCCGCUGGACAACCCAGGCCAAAGUCGAAACGUGCCCGCACCCUCGCACUGUCUGUACCUGCCGGAGCAACCACAUCUAUGACUACAACGUCUGCAAAUUCGCCCCGCGGCUCUGAUAUCAACUCUGGUCACCCAUCUCAACCAGCCCAAGGCAGGGGGGGAUUGCCGCCGGAAGUGCGAGCUCAAGCGCUAUUCAAGUGUGUGCGAGUGACAGGCGUGGAAGAUGGCGAAAAUGAGUGUGCUUAUCAAGCCACAGUGAAGAUAGGAGGACACAUUUUCAAGGGACUGUUGUAUGAUCAAGGGCUAGAUCUUGCUCCACCAGCUGUUACAUCGAAUCCGAGCGAGCUACACCUGGGCGGAGGUGGAGCAGGGGGCGUGCGAAGCAACCUUCCAUCGUCGUCCCCUCUGCUGGAUCCUUCUGGAAUGUAUGGUCCUGGCAACGCGCUUCUUGGGGGUGAGGAUUCGCGUGUACCUCCGUGGUUUACGUAGUAGCAAGGGGUCUGAUUGGGCUUGAAUGAGCCCUCUAAGGCGAUGAUCCCAGCACUGUGGUCCAGCGACGAAUGGUACACUGUGUGGCAGACUGUUUCAUGAGGGACAAAUUUUGUAAGAAGUUAAGACUGAUAGGGUUGGACUAGGAUGGAGUUUGACGAUGCUGUACAUGGUGUAUGAUUGAACAUGACCAGAUUUAAAUUUCGAAGUCGCUGCUGCUGUCUCUUGGUUUUUAGGCAUA